AUGCUGAAAAGGGCUCGUUAUGUAGCUCUCCAUACUCCCUUUCCAUUUCAUGGAUUUCCAUGCCAAGUCUUCAGAAAAUGCGCAGUGUCUCCGAAUCAGCAAAGGUGGUUGACAAGUUCUCAUAAUGAAAUUUCAUAUGCCCGCUCUCCUUUAGAGCUAAAAAUUUCACCGUCAGCCAUUAAGCUAGAGGCAGCUCGAAAUGUGGGUUCUCAACCCCUUGGGCCCAGUUUGCGUACUUUAACGGAUGACUUAAACAAAAGGAUGCAGGAAUUGUAUGACAACGGAGAUUACAAAACUUGUGUCUCAGACUUUCGUAAAGCUCUCCCAAAGUUCAGAAAUGACUGGCUCAAAAGCGAAAGAUUUAUUUUUUGUUGUAUCCUGGCAUGUUCUUGUUAUGAUAAACUGCUACAACCUUUGAAAAUUAAAAGGGUGUAUGGAAUUUUAACAAGUAAGAAAUCAACCCUCACUCCUCACCUAUACCGAAUGUUUCUAUCUUACGCUACCGGGUGUAUUAAUUAUGGUCACAAAACAGCCCUAGAAUGCUUCGAUAAUUCUCCCAAAGAACUUAUUGACUAUAAUCUUUGGCUGUCUUGGCUUUGCUUUUCAAGAGCGCCUGCAAUUGUAGUCUGGAUGACUUUUACUCGUCUUUGCUCUGCCGGUCAUACCCCCGAUGUGGAAACUUACGAGCAUAUGUUUCUAUCUUUUUCCUCUCAAAAAAACGACUUUCUUUUUAAUAAAUCAUACGACUUAUUCCAGAAAGACAACUGUUUUUGGCGUCCGCUCACCUUUAGAACUUUAGUAGAAUCAUUCGUUCGCUUACAGCGCAUGUCUGAUGCUGAAAGUAUAAUCCACCGUUACAUUCAACAAAAUUCCCAACAUCCCCCUAAUGAGGUGCUAUUCAUUCCCCUCCUUCGGCAUUAUGCAGCUACUUUCGACCUUUCUAACAUGGAAAGGAUUCUCUCGUUAAUGAAGGACUGUAAUACCGAUAUGUCUACCAUGACUCUUAAUGUUUUCUUAUGUAUGGCGUUCCAAAGGCCAGACCACAAAAACUAUUUUCAAUUUUGUUUUAUAAAAAUAUCUCAGCUUGUCAAAAAUAAUGUCCAGCUUGAUUUCGAUUCAAUUCUGUUAAUCUCGCAGUUUAUGAAUCAGGUUCGCGUGCCUGAAAAUCUAAAGCCUUGGAUUGAUUGCCUCAUAUCUCGUUUUUGUUUACCCGACCGCUGUUCUCUGCCAGUUCUGCGAAAAAUUCAAGAGCAUGCUUUUUGUUAUCCCCUCUUACAAUCCAAAUUACCUCUUGCUAUUGAAACUCUAAGGCUAACAGGAUUCGAUUGGAAUGUAGCCACUUUGUAUGUUGGUUGGUUAUUUUCCUGCAAACGAGUAACUGAUGCGAUAAACUUUUUCUACUCAGUUACAAUUGAGAUUGGAAAUCGCCCGUCUCCAGAGUUGUUUCAUACGUUCAUGUCUGGUUUACUAGGCGCUGCUCCUUCUGAGAAGGUGUUAAAGACGGUACAUGAAAUCCAGUCAAAAUACCCAUUAAUUUGUGAUUCUUCAAGCACGAACCACAUCAUCUUAUUUCUGAAAUCUAUUUCAUUCAGUUCAACGCCUUCAACAGUUAGGCGUUUGACGCAAAUUUUUGAAGCUGAUACCUCUGUUUCUUCAAGUUCAUUGAUGUUGGCUGUUGCGGAAUGGUUGUUUACAAGAGAUCUAUUUCAGAGUUCGCUUUUAUAUGCAACAAAGGUGAUCGAAAUGGAUACUUCCUAUAACUUUUUCCGUCCCCAAAUAUUAAUUUGCUGGUGUUAUUAUCGACUGAGAGAUUUUCGGUCUUUAUCCCAGCAUGUUACGUAUCUCUUGCGAACAGAUAAUGCUGCUUUGUUAAGAGCUCUGGCUACAAGUUUAAAGCGCAUGUCUCAAAAUGAAGGCAAUCUAAUUAACAAGCAACUAUUAAUGAACUUGAAGUACAGGGUAUUACUGAAAGCGCAACCAUCUAGAAAUCACAGUCCUGACGCCAGAAGAAGCGCACUUCAUAGAGGAAGGAAGAUUAAGAAGAUCUUGUUAUCGGCUUUGCAAAAUCAGGCUUCUCUCGGUAAUUUACCAAGUUAA